AUCUGACAGCUUAUAUAUGAACUUUUUCAGUAUUUAGCAAUAAAUCAACUUGCUGGAAACCAGUAAUAUUACUGUUACAGGUGAAUUUGUAUGUGACACCUAUCCUUGCAAGCUUUUUUUUUUUUUUUUUUACCACACACUACCUUUGAUACACAUCUAUUCUUGCAACAUAUGACAUGUAUUCCAGUGAGAAACAGCCACCAGUAGCAGUGACAACGCUAACGCGGACUACAUAACGUUAGCUCUACAGGUAGUGAGAAAUUAACUGUGAAUGUCCCAAACAUCAACCGGCAGCACAGAAACCCCCUCAAACAGCUGAAGCAGAACAGCCUCCUUUACCGCAGCAUCUGUAAACUGACAAAAUGAUGAGCUUUAGCUCCAGAAGCUCCAGGUCAAUGGGUGGCGGAGCCUACAUGAGCAGCAGCAGGUCCAUGUAUGGCGGCGCCGGUGGCUCCCAUGUCAAAAUUUCCUCCGGUGGCUCCUCCAUGUCCAUGUCAGCAGGUGGUGGCGGUGGAGGUGGUUAUGGCUUCAGCUACGGCGGCGGCGCUGGCGGUGCAGGGUUCAGCUUCGGCGGUGGCGAUAGCUUGGACAUCUCAGCCAGCGAGAAGGCCACCAUGCAGAACCUGAACGACCGUCUGGCCUCCUACCUGGAGAAGGUGCGCAAGCUGGAGACGGCCAACGCCGACCUGGAGCUGAAGAUCAGACUGUUCCUGGAGAGCAAGGCCUCCCCCGCCGCCAGAGACUACAGCGCCUUCUGUGCCACCAUCACAGAGCUGCAGGCCAAGAUCCAAGAUGCCACCAGAAUGAGCGGCGGCAUCUACCUCGCCAUCGACAAUGCCAAGCUGGCCGCCGACGACUUCAGGCUCAAGUUUGAGAAUGAGCUGGCCAUGCGUCAGUCGGUGGAGGCUGACAUUGCCGGGCUGAGGAAAGUCCUGGACGAGCUGACGCUGUCCAGAGCCGACCUGGAGAUGCAGAUUGAGGGCCUGAAGGAGGAGCUGAUCUUCCUCAAGAAGAACCACGAGGAGGAGCUGCUGGCGAUGAGGGGUCAGAUGACCGGCCAGGUGAACGUGGAGGUGGACGCUGCUCCUCAGGUCGACCUCAACAAGGUCAUGGAGGAAAUCAGAGAACACUACGAAGGCAUCACCACCAAAAGCCGCAAAGACUUGGAGGCGUGGUUCCAGGCCAAGACAGAAACACUAAACAAAGAAGUCGCCGUCAGCACAGAAACCCUCCAGACGUCCAGAUCCGAGAUCUCAGAGAUCAAACGAACACUGCAGGGCCUGGAGAUCGAGCUGCAGUCACAGAUCAGCAUGAAAGCGUCGUUGGAGUCCACGUUGGCUGAGACUCAGAACCGCUACGGCAUGCAGCUGUCGAGCUUCCAGAGUCAGGUGGGCAUGCUGGAGGAGCAGCUGGCCCAGCUGAGAGCCGACCUGGAGCGUCAGGGAUAUGAGUACCAGAUGCUGCUGGACAUCAAGACCAGGCUGGAGAUGGAGAUCGCUGAGUACAGGAGGCUGCUGGACGGAGAGGCCAGCGGCAGUAUCUCCAUAUCCAACAUAUCCUCCAACAUAUCCUCCAACUUAUCCUCCGCAUUGUCCUCCUCCGCCUCCUCCGCUGUCUCGGCCACCUCCGCCGUCUCCGCCGCCUCCGCCGCCUCUGCCGCUUCUGCUGCCUCCGCCACUUCUGCCUCCUCCACCUCCACCUCCACCACCAAACAGAAGAUAAUCACCAUUGUAGAGGAAGUGGUGGACGGGAAGGUGGUGAGCUCCUCCACAGAGACCGUCACUGAGACCCUGACUGAGUGAGCACCAGCAGAGGGCGCACACACACAGAUCGCCCAGAAAUUACACACCAAUAAAAGUCUGCUGAGGUGCUUCAAAAUAAAACCUGGUCUG